CCCUUCCAGUUUGGCUGCACAGGGCAACGCUUGUCCCGGACUCCGAAUCAGCCAGCACCGCAACGUCGACGUGCAGCUCCUGCUCGUACUAUUCGUGAAGCACGUCAACUCGAGAGGGGGAAGUUCAUCUUCCGACGCCUUCAAGCACGAUAUUGAAGCACUUCGUGGAAGUAAAAGAGGAAACGGGACGGAAAAGAACGACUUGGAGCGAGGGGCAUUCAUGCUGGCUCGGUAGCUCUACAUAGCAUCAUCCCUGCAGCAUCUCCGCGAGGCCUCCUUCUUCCCCGAUGGGUGGACACCGCCAGGAGGCGACACACAGAAACAGCCGCAAAUCACCCAACCGAGAUGACAAGUGCGAAAGAAUGAAGACCAGCUAGACGUGUCCCGUCCCUCCCAAAAAGAAUUGCAGCUUGAGUUUUUCUUUUAUUUUCCCCUUGGGAAACGUCUUUUGGACAACAUGAGCACGGAAGGCUACCAGUAUCGAGCGCUGUACGACUACAAGAAGGAGCGCGAGGAGGACAUUGACCUUCACGUGGGGGACAUGCUUCUGGUGAGCAAAGGUGCGCUGGUGGGCCUAGCGUCUCUGGCCUACGCGGACGGCCUGGAGCAGAGGCCCGACGAGAUCGGCUGGCUGCCCGGCUUCAACGAGACCACGCAGGAGAAGGGCGAUUUCCCCGGCACGUACGUCGAGUACAUCGGCAAGAAGCGCAUCUCGCCGCCCACGCCCAAGCCCCGCCCUCUGCGCCCGCUGCCCGUCGCCCCCGCCGGGUUCAGGACCGAAGCCGAUUCCGACUCGGAACAAGGCUUGUGGCUGCUGGACCUGACAGAGCAGUUUUCGCUCCCCGAGACUGCGCCGCCGCACCUGGUCCGUCUGCUCGACGCCAUCGAGAAAAAAGGUCUCGAGAACCCCACAUUGUACCGGACUUUUACUGCAGGGGGCGGUAAUGAAGUCAGGCAAUAUUUGGAGUCUGAUCCGUCCUCUGGCGACCUGGAGCAGAUGGAGCUUCCCGCCCUGUGCGACGGCCUGCGCCGCUACCUUCAGGACCUCCCUCAGCCCAUCGUCCCCACCGCCGUCUACGCGCAGCUGGUGCACACCGCCAAAGAGGUGUCCAAUGCAGACGAGUGUGGCCAACAGCUGCGUCGCGCCGCCAACAGCCCCGCCCUGCCCCCCCAGUACUGGCUGGCCCUCCAGUGCGUGCUGCGCCACUUGGCUCGCGUCUGCCAGAACGCCGCCAAGAACCUGUUGAACGCCCGAGCGCUGGGCGAGAUCUUCAGCCCGGUUUUCUUCAGGCAGCAGAGCACCAGCUGCGAGCCCAGCCUGGACGCCCACGUCAGGAUCGUCGAGCUUCUCAUAGCCAGCGGAAAUACCGAAAGUCAGGCGGCUCCAGCUCUUCCUCCGAAGCCGCCUAAGUCCGCCCCCGUCGUCACUAACAACGUUCAGAACAGCAGCAUGGCGCUUCAGGACGCCGAAUGGUACUGGGGAGACAUCUCCCGCGAGGAGGUCAACGAGAAGCUUCGGGACACGGCGGACGGUACCUUUCUGGUCCGCGACGCGUCCACCAAGAUGCACGGCGACUACACGCUAACGCUGAGGAAAGGCGGCAACAACAAGCUCAUCAAGAUAUUCCACCGCGACGGCAAGUACGGCUUCUCGGACCCGCUCACCUUCAGCUCCGUGGUGGAGCUCAUCAACCACUACCGCAACGAGUCGCUGGCGCAGUACAACCCCAAGUUGGACGUCAAGCUACUCUAUCCGGUCUCCAAGCACCAGCAGGAUCAAGUGGUGAAAGAGGACAACAUCGAAGCCGUGGGCAGGAAGCUGUGCGAGUACCACCAGCAGUACCAGGAGAAGAACAAGGAGUACGACCGUCUGUACGAGGAGUACACCAGAACGUCGCAAGAAAUCCAAAUGAAGAGGACCGCCAUUGAGGCGUUCAAUGAAACCAUCAAGAUCUUCGAGGAGCAGUGUCAAACGCAAGAGCGCUACAGCAAAGAGUACAUCGAGAAGUUCAGGAGGGAGGGCAACGACAAGGAGAUCCAGAGGAUCAUGGGCAACUACGAGAAGCUCAAAUCCAGGAUUAGCGAGAUUGUGGACAGCAAGAGCCGCCUGGAGGAGGACCUGAAGAAGCAGGCGGCCGACUACCGGGAAAUCGACAAGCGUAUGAACAGCAUCAAGCCGGACCUCAUCCAGCUGCGCAAGACCCGAGACCAGUACCUCAUGUGGUUGACCCAGAAGGGCGUCCGGCAGAAGAAGCUCAACGAUUGGCUGGGAAUCAAGAACGACAACACCGAAGAUCAAUACUCGAUGGUGGAUGACGACGAAGACCUCCCCCAUCACGACGAGCGCUCCUGGAAACUGGGCAACAUCAACCGGCUGCAGGCCGAGGCGCUCCUCCAGGACAAGCGAGACGGAACGUUUCUGGUGCGCGAUAGCAGCAAGGCGGGAUGCUACGCCUGCAGCGUCGUCGUGGACGGCGAGGUGAAGCACUGCGUCAUCAACAAGACGCCGUCGGGCUUCGGCUUUGCCGAGCCGUACAACCUGUACGGCUCACUGAAAGAACUGGUCCUCCACUACCAGCACACAUCUCUGGUGCAGCACAACGACUCUCUGAAUGUGACGCUUGCCUACCCGGUCUACACGCAGCAAAGGCGAUGAGGCGGCCGGUUGGGGGGGGUGACGAGGCCUCAUUGGCCAGGGGGGGGCGGGCCAAACGACUAAAAGGACACUUGAAGCGUUUUCAGUGACUGCCUAACGAGUCUGAAUGUACACCCGACCGAUCUUGGUUGAAGCGUUUGUGUGCGGGAUGGAGCUUCACCCCCCAAUCCCCCACCCUGGACCCCCUGCCCAAGGACACUUUUUCGAGGCCUUUUCCUAAACGGUGCUUGUGGACUCUAUAACGCUUUACCGGCCGCGAUGGAACUCAACUCCUCUGUUGUUCGUGUGUGUGUUUGAGGACGUGUGCAAGACAGUAUCGACGGGAGAGUGUGUUAGGGGUAAUGUGUGUUUGUCUUUGGUGUCCGUGUGUAUGUACGAGAGUAGAGGUGAGAGCGUGCGUGUGAAUGCGUGUGUUGGAGACACUGUCCAUGUGACCAAAACUCGGGAAAUCACGAAAGAAGAGUGUUGCGUGUGCGUGCGUGUCGAGGUACUCACUCGUAUGACCUGUCGAAUAGCAGACGUGGAUCAGCUGAUCAAUGUAGCAUAAUGGCACUUUUAAAAGUUUUUUUUUUUUUUGGGUUCAUUUUGGAUGAGUCCUAUGGACUUUUUGGUGGCAGAGGAAGUGAUGAAACUAUGAACCAAGCGCACCAAAGCAAAAAACAAAAAAGAAGAAAAAAUCCCAUUGAGAAAAAAAAAAAGUUCCAGCUGAUUUGAUUUUCUUUUUGGUUUCUGAUCUGCUAUGCAAUUGUUUGUUCACACUCUGUUGCAAACCGUGAUAUAAGCUUGUGUAAAUAUCCACAACGGUAUUUUUAAUGUACAAACGCCAACCUGCCGUCAACGUAUGAUUUUGUUUUUAGAAAAGAUAAUAAUAGUCCGACUUUAUUUUGAAUGAAUUUAUCAACGGGCGGAGGGAAAAGAUAUUUUAUUAAUUCUGCGUUGCUUCAAACCGCUCCCAUUCUCAGGCAGAACUUUCAGAAUGGUCCAGUCCGCUUCACUCGCAAUUGCAGUUGAUGCGGAACACCGCAGUAUAGAUUUAUUUUCAUACAACAAAUAUAUAUAAAUAGAAAUAUAUAUAUAUACGUGCCCCCACAUGAGACAAGAGUGGCAAAUUAAGAUUAACAUUCACCCUUCACUUAAGUAAUUUUCUGUAUCAGAAAUAGACAUAUGUAGACCGCGUGGAUUAGCUCAUUUGGCCUACCGUUUCCAUGCUAACGUUAUUAGCGUUAUCUUCUGAAAUGACGUAGCACAUCUGCCGUCCACGUUCGUUUUUAAAGACUCGCAAAAAGUUAUGCGUAUUAAAAAAAAAAAAAAAAAUCCAAGGAUGUCAAGUCAAAGAAAGCAAUGCAAGCUUACAUCCUUGGAAAUCAAUCUCUGAAAAAUACCAAUACAGUACUUCUAACUUUUUGUUCACCGCGAGAAAAAAUUGUCACAAUUUCAAUUUUCAGCUCAUUUCCCUUACAAGUUGACUUCCUGUGUGAAAUGUUGAUGUACAAGUGGCAGGCAACAAGUAAAGCAAAAUUGGAUCAUCCUGUGUUAGCUAAGUCAUAAGCUAACUAAUAGAAUGCAAGAAUGUCAUUGCUAACCAUAGCACGUGUACAUUUAUUUUGUUUUCAAAUCUUUUUGACUGAGAAAAAAAAUGCUCAUCAAGGCUACUAGAUGUGUCACAUGUGACAUGUUUCACCUUUUUAAACAAGCUGCUGAUUUUCUUUCAUGUUAUGGUGUAUGAUGAUUCUUUUUUUCUAGUUUCCUCAGCAUCACCAUUCUUGUUUUCUUCUCCGGCUUUGUACGACUAUUGGAAUUGUUUUCGGCGGGAGGUCCCAUUUUUGGUUGAUUAACUUGAUGGUUUACCAGUGUUGCUUCAAACCUGUUUUGGGCUCCGUUACAAAAUAAAAUCCUUUUCUUUUUAAGAAA